UGCGGGCUGCGGCCAACACAGCCCAGCCCAGCCCAGCCAGACCUGGUCCACUCUCCCCCUCGCGUCCGCCUCCCUCCCUCAGUGCUGCAAGAUGGCGCGGAGUGAGGCGCCCACAUCGCCGCCGCUACCGCUGCUCCUCCUCACCCUGCUCUCAGCCUCGGGUGCCUUAACUGGUCCAGUUGUCGUCGAUCAAAAAGUAUCUGCAAUCUUGGGGAAAAAUGCCACCUUAAAGUGCUUUGUUACUGUGAAGGAAAAUAUAACUCAGAUCUCCUGGGAGAAGCAGAAAUACGGAACUACAGAUACCGUUGCAGUGUUUCAUCCAAAAUAUGGAAUUUCAAUCCAAGAAAGUUAUUCGGGAAGAGUUGUGUUCACAAAUCCAUCUUCAAAAGAUGCAACCAUUCUUAUUACUAAAGUCAGAUUUUCAGACUCUGGAAACUACAUCUGUAAAGUGGUCACUUUUCCAUUGGGAAAUUACCAAGAAACAAGCACCGUGAUUGUGAUUGUUGAACCCACAAUAACUGUGGGCAGUGGGCCAGAGCCACUUGUAGAUGGUGCCAACGCGACAGUUGCAGCGGUGUGCACGGCAGCGAAUGGAAAACCCGAAGCAGUUGUUUCCUGGGAAAGUGAUCUUAUUGGAGAACAGGAGCUGACAAAGAUUUCUGCUCCAAAUGGAACUGUUACUGUAAUCAAUCGGUUCAAGAUCGUUCCAUCCCGAUUUGUGCGGAAAAGACCGAUAACUUGCAUAGUGAGUCAUCUGCCACUGAAUACCACGGUUCGAAUCCCGUAUGCCUUGGAUGUACAAUAUGCACCUGAAGUAAUAAUGAUGGGCUAUGAUGGGAACUGGUUUGUUGGAAGAGAAAAUGUGCAACUGAAAUGUAAAGCUGAUGCAAACCCAACUCCUUCUGCAUACAUAUGGAGCAGAUUGGAAAAAGAGCUACAAGAGGAUUUGCAGAUUGAAAAUGACACUCUAACUUUCAGCAGACCACUCAACCACAACGAUUCUGGUAUUUAUAUUUGUGAGGUAGUGAACAUUCAUGGACAUAGAAAAAAACAAACAGUUGUGCAGAUAAAAGAUCCUCCGACUACUACGCCAUUGUGUACAACAGCAUCUCAAAUGCAUUCAAUGACAAGCCUAACAAGUUUGGACGGCUUGACACCAAAGAUUCAGAUUCCUCCUACAACUCUGGCAUCUGUGAAGAAUGAUAGCUUGGGAACUAUGAUUGGAGGUGUGGUUGGCGGUGCACUUUUCCUCAUGCUUGUCAUCGUCAUCAUUAUAAUGUUUUACUUGAGACGCCGACGUACUUUCCGAGGGGACUACUAUACAAAGCAGUACGCUGGAACUGCAAACCCAGAGAAGGACUCGCAGAUGAAUGUCAUACAACAUCAAAUUGAUCCAUACACUGAUUAUGAGAAAAUUGAACGGAAGCUCACACCAAAUAAUAUGUUUCAGGAUUAUCCUGCUGCGGAUCAGAAAAGUGAAUGGCAGAAUGAGGACAAUAUAAAAAACAGGUACACUGAAGGUGUGGAAAUACCCAUUGACUACUAUGAAGAUCAAAAAAUUCCCAAUGCAUCUCAAUAUGAUUACUAUGAUGAAAAUGAAGAUGACCUUGUUUCACAUUUAGAUGGUUCAAUAAUUUCCCGCAGGGAAUGGUAUGUGUAGUGGUAAUUGACACAUUUUAUUGAAGUAGGACUUAUUUCAAUUAAGUAUUCUAGGUUUCCAUUUCUUAUGUGUGUAUUUUUCACGAUAUUUUGAUAGUAUUCCUGUUUUCCUAAAGGAGUACAAAAUGUGCUUUUCAUCAUGAAAAUGGGAAUAUGAUUUUGUACGAGAUUUACAUCCCGAGUAAGGUAAUAGUCGUUUAACUUCACAAUUCUGUGGUGGGGUUGGGUUGGGGAAGAAUACAAAAUGUCCAAAAUUUUGAGGCCUUAAUACUGUGCUGUAAAGAUAUUGUGAUUGUUUGCAGUUCCGUCAUUUCCCAGGUGAGGCUUUGGAAGAAAAGAAACAGUUACUGACUUUCUGUUGACUACUGAUUUUUCACUACUCCUUCCAAAUGAGAUCGCAAUGAACCCAAAUAAAAUUUGCAAUAUUUAGUGUGUGUAAUAAAUUAUAUUCAUAUGUAAUUGGUUGAAUAAGAAGCUGCUUUGGUGAGAUCAAGGUGACUGUGGAAGUAUUAUUUGCAGCCAGAUUUUUCACUUUAAGUCUUAAAUGUUUACAUUGUCCCCUUUUUCCAACAUAUAGAUUACAUUUGUGAGGAAAUGCUAGUUUGAUUUCUUGCCUGUACAUUGAAGACUACUAAUUUUACAUUGUCUCAAGAGCAUGUUGUAAUGUUCCUAGGUUGCCAGCUCUCCAACUAUAUUCUUUGGUUCUCAUUCUAGGCUGUGUUUCAGAUCUUGAAAUAAUUUAGUUCCUUUGUAAAGUAAUAUUUAAGUUUGAGCAAUGACAAUAAUUAACUGAGGUCACAAUACAUAAAAAUGUACUGUUGUGUAACCGAUAUCUCUUGAAACUUAAAGGUGAAUUUGUGAUUGAAAGAGCUUCUAUGUACAGUCUUGAGAGAUUUUCCCUUUUUCAUUGGAACCACUUAAGUUCUGAUGCUGAUUAUCACUGGUUUAUGGAUGCUGAUACAUUUGUGGAGAUCAUCACCAUGUGUGAACAGAAAACUGCUUGUAAAUGGGUUGUGUACAACUGGGCAAAAAUCCUUUGAUCAUUGUAUUGAUGUAUAUAAAUACUGAAGAGAUUUACUGUACAGUACUUUUUUUUUGUACCUUAUCUGUUUUAUAAAGUUAAUGCCUUGUUGAUUUGAUGUGCUGUUUGCUAAAUA